AUGGAGUGCGCCCUGGACGCCCAGAGCCUGAUCAGCAUCUCCCUGCGCAAGAUCCACAGCUCCCGGACCCAGCGCGGUGGCAUCAAGCUGCACAAGAACCUCCUGGUGUCCUACGUGCUCCGCAACGCGCGCCAGCUCUACCUGAGCGAACGCUACGCCGAGCUCUACCGGCGCCAGCAGCAGCAGCAGCAACAGCAGCAACCGCCCCACCACCAGCACCAGCACCUCGCGUACGCGGCGCCAAGCAUGCCGGCCAGCGCGGCCGACUUCGGCCCGCUCCAACUUGGCGGUGGUGGGGAUGCGGAGGUGCGCGAGCCUGCUGCCCGACACCAGCUGCACCAGCUUCACCAGCUGCACCUUCAGCAGCAGCUGCACCAACACCAGCACCCGGCGCCCAGGGUCUGUGCAGCCGCGGCGGCGGCCGGGUCGCCCGCGGGCGGCUCCUCGCCCUCCGCGCCCCCAGGGGCCGCCCCUCCGGCCGCCGCCGCUGCCUCUCCACCAGCCUCCCCGACUCCCUCCUCCACUGGCUUCUACCGGGGCGCAUACCCGGCCCCCUCGGACUUCGGCGUGCACUGCAGCAGCCAGACCACCGUGCUGGACCUGGACACUCACGUGGUGACCACGGUGGAGAACGGCUACUUGCACCAAGACUGCUGCGCCUCCGCCCACUGCCCCUGCUGUGGCCAGGGCGCCCCGGGACCGGGCCUGCCGCCCGCCCCCGGCUGCAAGCGCAAGUAUUAUCCUGGCCAGGAGGAGGACGACGAGGAGGAGGAGGAGGUGGGCGAGUUGGGGGCCGAGCCACCCGGGGUCGCCCCUUUCGCCUCCUGCAAGCGCGCCCGCUUCGAGGACUUCUGCCCGGACGCGUCCCCGGACGCGUCUAACAUCUCAAACUUGAUCUCCAUCUUUGGCUCGGGCUUCUCGGGGUUGGUGAGCCGACAACCGGACUCCUCGGAGCAGCCGCCGCCGCUCAACGGGCAGCUGUGCGCCAAGCAGGCGCUCGCCAGCCUCGGCGCCUGGACUCGAGCCAUUGUCGCCUUCUAG